AUGCAGACGCUGAUGACGAGGCUGGACAGCGCGGCUAAGGACUCGGCUAGCCUGGCAAAACACCUAGCUACGAGACGCGAGGCCCGCCCACCAGCGCGGAGCCGAGACAGAGGCAGGGAGCGCUCGCCUGGCAAGCGCCCCGGACCAUAUCCACGCUCCGUGGUCCAUCGUUCCCCAGCGGCGAGACCCCCGGGCCCAGACAGGCACACGGGAGGUUCGCGGGACCAACACACCCAUCGACGGCCUCCCUACGGUAGAGGAGGUCGGGGUGGUAAAAACUCUUUCAAUAAAGGCCGUCCGGCAUUUCACCAGUACUCGCUGUCUGAGUCUCAUUUGGGGGGGCUCUCCCCCCCCCUCCAUGAGGCAAGAGCCAAGGGGGGGCGCAGCAGCCGUGUCACGCGUGAUGAGCAGAGCUACAUUGCUAACACGGGGUUUCCUAAUCCAGGGGCUCUUCCCCCCCUCCAUGAGGCAAGAGCCAAGGGGGGGCGCAGCAGCCGUGUCACGCGUGAUGAGCAGAGCUACAAUGCUAACACGGGGUUUCCCGAUGCAGGGGCUCGCCCCCCCCUCCAUGAGGCAAGAGCCAGGGGGGGGCGCAGCAGCAGCCGGGUCACGUGUGGUGAGCAGUCCCGUACUUAUGACGUCGGACCUGCAGAACACGUGACCGCCCUCGGCGCUCACGGAACACCAGGAGGGGGCGGGGCCAUGACGUCUCGUGUUCCAGCUCCCGUUCCGCCCCUCACAGAUUUCUACGACAUCUGGAAGGAGCAGGGCUUACUGUCAGAUGUUUGGCUGGAGAAAACUCUGCGCAGAGGUUACGCUCUGCAAUUUUUCCGAAAGCCACCACCAUUCCGAGGCGUACGGGCAGUACGCUCUCAGGUACGGGGAUCGACAGAGGCACUGGAAGCAGAGGUCUCCUCCCUGCUGAGUCGAGGCGCAGCAGUGGAGGUAGACCCGCAGGACGCCACCAGGGGGCUGUACUCCCCUUACUUUCUGGUGCCAAAGAAAUCAGGCGGGGUGCGUCCCAUUCUGGAUCUGCGCGUGUUAAACGAGUGCAUUUCCAAACGGCAGUUUCGGAUGCUGUCCACAAGGCAGCUCCUCGAGUGUGUCAGGGAAGGAGACUGGAUGACAUCCAUAGACCUGACAGACGCAUACUUCCACGUAUCCAUAGUGCCAGAACACAGGAGAUUUCUGCGCUUCGCAGUGGGAGAGAGGAAUUACGAGUACUGCCGUCUCCCUUUCGGGUACGCUCUCGCGCCUCGCACUUUUUCCAAAUGUGUGGAAGCGGCUCUGGAGCCGAUCAGACGUGCCGGGGUAAGAAUAUUGACCUAUAUAGACGAUUGGUUAAUACUGGCCCCAUCCAGGGAAGUGGCCGUGAGCCACACGCAAUGGGUCUUGUCCCACAUACAGCGUCUGGGCUUUGUGGUGAACAGGGAGAAGAGCAAGCUGCAGCCAGCCCAACGCAUGAUUUACCUCGGUCUGCAGCUAGACUCUGUGAUAUUCCGUGCUGCAUUGUCCGUGGACAGACGGACGAAUAUUACCCGUCUGGCCCGGGAGGUUCUGGCGGGCCCCAGAGUUCCCGCUCGGCGCCUCAGGUCCCUGCUGGGGAUGAUGGCAGCGGCUCAUGCUGUGGUGCGGCUAGGCCUGCUCCACAUGAGAAAUUUUCAGAGGUGGUUCUCGCGCCUCAGGCUUCACCCCUCCCGGGACGGGGGGAGGCUGAUCUGGGUUCCCCAAGGGGCAGCAUCGGACAUCAGGUUCUGGCUCACUCCGGGUCUACUGCGGGACGGAGUGACUCUGGCCUGCGCGGUGUCUCACGCCGAGGUGUUCACGGACGCGUCGCUCGAAGGAUGGGGCGGGGUCCUCGGCCAGAGCUCUGUAGGAGGCUGCUGGUCGGACUCAGCCCGUCACAUCAACCUGCUGGAGAUGGAGGCAGUGCACAGAGUACUGCUGCACUUUGCCCCUCAGCUGCAAGGGAGACACGUGAUGGUGCGCUCAGACAACACCACAGUGGUCUCCUAUCUGAACAGGCAGGGGGGCACCAGGUCCCCCGCUCUCCAUCGCAUGGCGACGGUGACGCUGCUGUGGGCGGCGCUUCACCUCCUGUCUCUCAGGGCGCGCCACGUCCCGGGGGUCCGGAACGUGGGAGCCGACAGGAUGUCCAGGGGGGGCCCACUCCAGGACGAGUGGGGCCUGGCCCCACGGGUAGCCGCGGAGAUCUGGCGGAGGUUCGGUCGUCCAGUAGUCGACCUUUUCGCCAGUGCAGAGAACGCACAGUGCCCGUCCUGGUUCGCCUUAAGGGCCGCGGACGAGCCGCCUUUAGGCGUGGACGCUCUGGCUCAUUACCCAUGGCCAGGCGGCCUGUUGUACGCUUUUCCACCGGUGCGUCUCCUGCCGGUCCUACUGCGGAGGAUCGAACAGGAGAGGAGGAGGUCGGUGAUUCUGGUGGCUCCGGACAGCCCGCAUGCCCGGUGGUUCCCCUUCCUGAGGGGCAUGGCGGUGAUGGAGCCCUGGGCCCUCCCGGACGAGCCGGGGGCUCUAGUCCAGGGGGCAGGAGCCCUGUUUUCACGUCCGAUAAUCGGCCGCAGGCUCUGGGUCACGACGGGGUUCGGGGGGUUCACAGCCCGCUCUCACCCGUUGAUUAAACGUUUUCUGCGGGGGGCGCGCAGGAGGAGGCCCCCGCUCCAGAGAACGCCUCCGGUUUGGGACCUCAGGGUGGUCCUUAGGGGGCUGUCGGGUUCGCCUUUUGAACCGGCGGCGGAGGCGAGUCCCGAUUGUAUCGCUUUUAAGACGGCCCUCUUGCUGGCGUUGGCGUCUGCAAAAAGGGCGGGCGAUUUGUGUGCGCUCUCAGUCCAUGCGUCGUGCCUGUCCUUUGGAGAGGACGACGGCAUGGUGGAGUUGUGGCCCAAUCCGGCUUUUCUCCCCAAGGUCAUCACGUCGGCCUUUAGGUCGAGAGUGAUCAGGAUUAGGGCUUUCCACCCGCCGCCGCAUGCCUCCCCCGAGGAGGAGCGGCAGCACCUUCUGUGUCCUAUCAGAAUGCUGAGGCAUUACCUGGCCAUGACGUCGUCAUUCAGGUCGGGUGAUCAGCUGUUUGUGUGUCUGGGCCCCAAGAACAGGGGCGCCCCGCUGUCGGCUCAGCGGCUGGCGCAUUGGGUCGCCACGGCGGUGCGACGGGCGUAUCAGGCGCAGGGCCUGGCCCCCCCGGUGGGUUUCAGGUCGCAUUCCACGCGUGGGAUGGCGGCCUCUACGGCCCUUCUCAGGGGGGCGUCGGUCGAGGACGUUUGCCGUGCGGCUUCUUGGGCGUCGUCCUCCUCUUUCGUCCGGUCUUAUCUUUCGGAUGUGUCGGACCGUUCAUUGGAAGAACAUGAGCAGAGGUUGCUGCGGGUGCUUCAUCGGUUGAAGCAGUACGGCCUGAAGCUCUCUCCGGAAAAGUGCAAGUUUUUCCAGACGUCGAAGCGGGUUGGGAAAGAAGCUGCAGGAGCCUCUGUUGAUCCGUCGGCUGUGAGGGAAGCGUGUGUGUGCGUUUCACAUUGGAGAACUGGCCAGGAGGUUCCGGAUGGCGAGCUUAGUCCCGAACCAGAGUUGAGCUCCAAGAGAGGAACUCAGUCCAGUCAGACAACUGCAUCCUCCUACUCCGGUCGGCUAGUUCCGGGGAGAAACGGCGACAUGAGCCGACCGCAUCCGGUGCCUGUGUUUCGCUGGUGA